AUGCGCAUGUGCCUACGGAUCUCUGCGGCGUCUCUGCAGAUGCACGGCUCGGAAGAAGACCAUUACUUCAUUCGAUUGGCUGUUGUGGACGCGAUGGUACGCCACGGGCAUGAUCCUCAGGGCGAUGCACCUGUCAACGUAACCAACACCGACGGCAACAGGCCGGCGCCCCCCGUAGGGACCCGCUCUUCCAAGAUAGACCUCUUCCUAGACUGCACGUGUGCGUAUGGUUGCGUGACUGAACCCGCAGCGGUCUCCGACAACAAAGAGCUGCAGGCUCUCUCGAUGCUGUAUAACUGCCCGAUAGAGAUCUACGACGAGGAGUUGCGAUUGAGUUACACAAUCUCCGAUGAAUGCAGUACAUACUUAAGCACGGCAAAGCAGCACCUAGGAGACUCGACGGCGCAGAUAACAACAGCUGCUGCUGAAGGAAACGGUCCGGGGGCUUUUGUUGUCGGCCCAGAGGAAGAGGAACAGGAAGCAGCCGUGAACGUAGCCCCAACCGCUCUCCGCUUGAUGUUUCGUGCUUCAAUUGGGCACUAUUCGUCCCUGCAGCCGCUGCAUUCCCCCGUCCCUGUAUCCCGUGAGGACAACAUAAAGCUGCUGGAGCAGCAGGGCCUCGAGCGACUAAUAACGCUGCAGCAGACGCAGCAACAACAUGAGGGGCAGCAACAGCACCAGCAGGGGCUCUUUUGUUUCUGUUCUUCUGCCUCUUCUUCCUCUCGCGUGUGCACUUGCGAUAGAAGUUGUGGUGCUGCUGCUGCUACUCCCUCGGAGAGAGUGAAGCAGCGUCCAGCCCACCUGGACGCUCGCAGGAUGGCGGAGGAGAUCAUUGCUCGUCGCUGGCAAGAGCAUCUUAGAGUGACCGCUUCACACGCUGGGGACGAUUGGUCUGUCCCUCGUCGCUGUGCACGGAGCCGCAUAGGAAAGUAUACUAAGGAAGACUCCUCGGAAACAGAAUCCCGAAACACUCUUCUUGCUCUUUGUAGGGGCUACGAUCUCGAGAGCCUUGACUUCGACACCGAGACCUGUGUUCCUCCCCAGGUGAGUCGACGGACGACUCCUGUGGCAGCACGACCGGACACACGCGUAGGAAUGACUCGUCGAGAGCGUGAGCGUCCUAAUCAUCCGCGUGCAAGGUCGCCGAAGCAGCAACAACAACGGCAGAAAGCAGAUAAACGUCGCACCCGACCGCCGGCCCAUAUCAAUGGCGGUUUGAUGAAUCAACGACAGGUGCAGCAGCGGCAGCUGGAAUCACCGGUCGCGGAAGCAGCAGCACUGGUUGAAAAGGAAGUAGGCCACUCAGAAAAAGGAAAAGGCCGUGCAGCCUCUACGAGCUCCGCCGAGGGAGCCGAACACAUAUCCUCGCCGCCGGCUGACAACUCUGCUGCAGAAGGGAUCCCGGACAGCACGGUCGCCUGCGCCGAAACCUCGACAGCGAGGCCACCGCGGUGCAAAGAGCUCGUGGAGAGACCUCUUUAUAAAGACGGCAACUCCUUUUAUCGCGCCACCUGUGACCAGACGACUCCUGUGGCAGCGAGACCAGAUACAUACGUAGGAAUGACUCCUGAUCAUCCGCGUGCAAGGUUGCCGAAGCAGCAACAACAACGGCAGAAAGCAGAUAAACGACAGAGCCCUCGCUGCCGACAGCCGGCCCAUGUCAAUGGCGAUUUGAUGAACCAACAACAGGUGCAGCAGCGGCAGCUGGAAUCACCGCUCGCGGAAGCCGCAGCACUGGUCGAAAAGGAAGUAGGCCACUCAGAAAAAGGAAGAGGCCUUGCAGCCUCUAGAAGCUUCGCCGAAGGAGUCGAAUACAUAUUCUCGCGGCCGGCAGACAACUGUGCUGCAGAAACGAUCCCGAACAGCACGCUCGCCUGCGCCGAAGCCUCGAUAGCGCGACCACAGCGGUGCCAACAGCUUGUGGAGAGACCCGUUUAUGAAGACGGCAACUGCUUAUAUCGAGCCGCCUGUGACCAGAUGUACAGCUCGGAGAUCCACCAUUACCUCAUUCGGUUGGCGGUUGUGAAAGCGAUGGUAGGCCACGGACAUGAUCCUCAGGACGACGCGCCUGUCAACGUGACCAGCACCUGUAGGAGCCCGCAGUUUCGCGAUAGAGCUCUUCCGUGA